AUGGGCGACGGCAAGGUAUCCGCGACGCUCUCUUCUCCUCCAAGCCCUCCGAUUCCAAAGAUCCCCGCCGUUACCAGCACCGUCCUCGCUGCGCCAUUAGCCUCCCCUCUGCCUCGUCUCCCCCUCGUCACUAGGGUCGCCCUCCUCGCCGAUCUCCUCUGCAUCGUCAGUGUCGUCUCUCUCUCUCUGCUCCCAACGCUAACUGCAAUGGCUGACGACGAACCCGUUGAUCAAAAGAGAUACCUCGAAGACUCUUGCAAACCAAAGUGUGUCAAACCAUUACUUGAAUAUCAGAGGGUUGCCAUGGCGAUUUCUCCAUCUGGUAUAAACCCGGCAGUUGGCUCAAAACUCUCUCCUGGUUCUCCAGAGUCUCUUACACUAGCCAACUGGAUCUGCUGCAGUUAUAGUUAUUAUUUGGGGGCAGAGUUGCUGAGAUUUGAUUCUCUCAUUGGUGAGUCAGUGCUUAAACAUUUGUGGCAUCAUCAGGAUGCCAUUUUGUGCUGUUCUUUGAAGUCGGUGCCGGUGUUUAUCUUUGCAAACCAGGCUGGCCUUGACAUGUUGGAAACAACUUUGGUGGCUUUACAAGACAUCACAUGGGUAUUUAGAGGAAGUGCCUUGUAUUAA